AUGGGAGCUCUUAAUUCCAGAAGUCCUGCUCUCUACGCUGGACGUGAGAGCCAACCGGUGGAGGAUACCGUAAUGAAACAGACCACAUCAUUAGAGAGAAAUCCCAGGACUAUCAUCAACUGGGAUCUCUUCGCUACGCUAGCCGGCUUUUGGGAAGAUUCCGCAAUGGAAAACAUCGACGAGGAAUAUGACCGGCUCGUUGAACACCUUCACGAUUGCGCGAAGAAGGCAGAGAGUUUCAAAACCACCAGGAGACGGAACGAAGAACUCACGUCCGAGCUCGCAAGGCUUUGCAAAGAAGCCAUAAAGGAAGACCUUAAAGAGAGCAGAGCAGAAGUACUGGCUGAAGCAGCAGAGGCGAGAAAAAACAUCCGCUAUGCCCGUCGAGACUUCGACAGCCGCAAUACGAGGAUGACCGCUCUCCGGAACCCGAAGGGAACAACUAUUGCAUCGAGAAGGGGGAUGGAGAUAAUCAUCUACGACUUCUACUCUGAUCUCUACGACUACCAUGUCCACCUACCUCCUCACCAUCUGAGGAAAGAGGGUUAUUCCAGGGGCUCUCCCGUCCGAAAUAUGACAUGCUAUUAUGUCGAUGGAGAAGAUGGUCUCUACGUCGUAGAUGAAAAAAAAACCAUCUACGACCUUCACUCUGAUCUCUUCGACAGCAAUGUCCAGUCGUCUCCGCACUACCUGAGGGAAGACGGACAUGUCAUUCCAGAGGUUCUCCAGUCCGAAGUACGACAUGCUAUCAUGUCAUCACUAUGCAAAGAUUCACGGAAGUCGAACUUUCGCGCACCUGAAGAACCUUCCGCCAGUACUCACCAACACCUUGGCGAAGCUUUUCACACGUUACCUGUCGGAAUGCAAGGUUCGAAAACAGCUGAAGACAAGCAAGACAAGAGUUGUAUAAGAAGGGAGAUCCAAAUGACAUCGACAAUUGUCGCCGAUCUGCUUACUGCCCGUCGUCUAGCUCUUUACAAAAGUGAUCCUUGA